AUGCCUAUAGACGGGCCAUACACUCAGAGCAGGAUCCUCCCGCGGUGGGGCAGCAUCUCUCAUGGCUUCGGCUUAAGCAGCGCUGCUGCUAAUGGCGGCACCGAGUUCAUGUCAACGCUGCCCCCACCCAAGGGCGAUGUAGACGGCUGGGACAAGACUCGGCCAUGGAACCAGCAGACGGCUACCAACAUUCCGCUCGUCUUCAAGGACGCCAUGUCGGUGCGCGAAGAAGUCUUCGGCGAGCAGGGCGUGCCGCUGGAAGGCGAGUUCGACGGGGAUGAUGCGCGCAGCUGGCACUGGGUUGUCUACGCCUCUGUUGGCACUUCGUCAUCCUCGCCGCCCAAGAACAUCCUCACUCGCAGCGACUCGGGCAACACGCCCGCAGAUGAGGCUAGGCGCGCUUCUGCAACUGCCCAGCGUCUCCCUGUUGGCACUAUCCGCCUCAUUCCACCGCCCCACGGCCCGAACAAGUACGUCGAGGACAAGCACCCUGACGCGGAUCCACCAAAGGACAAGGAGGUCGAACACACCCCGGAGCCAUACGUCAAGCUGGGUCGCCUUUCCGUUCUAGCGCCGUACCGCAAGCUCAAUCUUUCCAAGCUGCUCAUCAACUCUGUCCUCGACUUUGCCGCCCAGCAACCCGACGCAAUCUACAUUCCGCCUUCUCCGACUACUCGAGAACUAGCAGCUUUGCAGGGACCAAAUGCGGUUCGACCGCUCUCAUGGCAGGGCCUUGUCAUGGUUCAUGCUCAAGUUCAGCUGAAGCACAUGUGGGAGAAGCACGGCUUCCGGGAGGAGCUGCGGAACGACAACGGCGAGAUUGAGGUCGCUGCCGAGCCGCACUGGAUGGAGGAGGGCAUUGAACAUGUGGGCAUGUGGAAGAGGCUCAAGAUUGCGCCGGGAAGGUUGUAA